CUGAUCGAAACUAGUAGUUCUUUACCCCACGUGACCGCGACAAAACGUCAUACUUUCGGUCGUUCUGCCGCGAAAAUGUUGAAGUUCAGAGUGAUGUCCUGUAUGGACUUAUCUUACUGAGGAAAAACAACGAAAAAACGGAAUACUCUCUAAUCUUGAGCAAGUUACUUCUUAACUGGACAGCUGUCUUACUUUGGUUUACUUAGUUACUUGUUAGCUACACGACAUGUUUUGUGAAAAAGCAAUCGAACUGAUCAGGGAACUGCAGCGAAUGGCCGAUGGACAGUUACCUGCUUUCAACGAAGAUGGCAUUCGGCAGGUACUUGAGGAGAUGAAAGCUUUAUAUCAGCAGAACCAGAGUGACGUGAACGAGGCCAAGUCCGAGGGCAGGAGCGAGCUGAUUCCCACCAUCAAGUUCCGCCACUGCUGCCUGUUCAGAAACCAGCGGUGCAUCGCUGCGUACCUCUAUGACCGGCUCCUUCGCAUCCGAGCGCUCCGCUGGGAGUACGGGAGCGUCCUGCCCACCGCCAUCCGCUUCCACAUGUGCGCCGAGGAGCUGGAGUGGUUUAACCAGUAUAAGAAGUCCCUGGCCACCUACAUGAGAUCACUGGGAGGGGAGGAGGGGCUGGACAUCACUCAGGACGUAAAGCCACCCAAAAGCCUGUACAUUGAGGUUCGCUGUCUGAAGGACCACGGGGAGUUUGAGAUUGAUGACGGCACAGUCAUUCUCCUGAAGAAAAAUAGCCAGCACUUUCUUCCACGGUGGAAGUGCGAGCAGCUGAUUCGCCAGGGCGUGCUGGAGCACGUCGUCUCCUGAGCCAAUAAGAGAUCAGGACCCCCAGCAUAGUGUUUGCCGGUCGGCCCCAAUGUUCCCGUAAUGUUACUAGCUGACUAUCACUGAAACGUAGCCCGAACUUACCCCCCCCAUCAUGUUCUUCAGAUGUUUCAUUGAUAUUUCCUGACUUUGGAACAUGCGCUCAGUUUUCUUGGUCAUCGGAAAUAAGACAGCGGAGUCGAAAAGUUCCGUAUCAUGUGAUGUCAUUUAUUACCGCACUUUUUCUUUUUUUCUUCUUCAAAUGUUUGAAUUUGUUCAUGGACUGCUUUUUAAUGCCUUAAACUUCCAAUGGCUUAGGUCUGUUAUCACCAUUAAAUAUACUUUUUUUUUUUUUACACAAUUAAUCCUGUACCUAAAACAUAGGGAGCACAACUAGGAUGACUAAUUAUCAGGCAACUUGAUCUUGUUCCAAAUACACUUGAAACAUGAAUAAUUUACGUGAAACAAAGUGUACUUUACAGCAGUGCAUCAGGUUUAGUGUGUGCGAUUUUAGGAAGUGUUUUGUAUAAAAACUGUACAUUUUAUGCAUACUGUGCUUUUGACAUUUAAAACGAUAAAGAACACUUCAUUUU